CCGAAUUUAGCACAUUAAACGGAAUAGAAUCUUCGGUGACUAGACCAAUAUAUGAUCUCAGUAGCUGCUUUUUAUUAAUCUUAAUUGUUACUUUUUUUUUCACUAUUACUUUUGAUAAAGAAGUUAUCGAAGAAGUUUCCGAUAGUUCUGUAUUAUUCAAUGAAACAUUUAUACUGUGUAUUUUAAUUAAAUGUGUUUUUAAGUUCGACAGUCUAUUAUUUUUUAGUUUAUUUUUACAAGUUUUGCAUGUAGCAAAACCGUCGUCUGGAUUGUUAUCAAAAAACUGCCAAAUUUCCGAUUGCUUGCUCCGCCCCAUUGCAGUUAAGAAAAACUAAUGACUAUCAAUUUUUUCAAUGUGCCCUUAAAUAGCAAAAUAAUUUAAAACUGUCGAAGUGAUUAACAGUUUUAAAAUGAUCGAAAAAACUGUUUCGCGACUGCGACUGCUGACAACUUGCGAAGCAAAUAUGUACUCGUAUAACGCUUUUGCUUUGGUUUGUGCAGCUGAUCAAACACAAGCAAAGCAAUGUGAAAAACUGCAAACCAAUGACCUCAAAAGUGCUGCGCAUUUUCCUAAUAAUAGUAGAAACACUCAAAAACGCUUCCUUCCUUCCUUCCUUUUCCUUCCUUAUCGGCAAAAUGUGUGCACAGUCAAAAACGUGGUAAAAACGCAGAAAUCAGCUGUUCUCUUUUGUUUACAUUUCAUUUGUUUGACAUUUCAUACAAUUCUAAAAAUUGUGUCAGUAGCAACAUGGAAGUGGACAAUAGUGAUCAAAUGUUUUUAGAAUUGUGCGAAUUAUACUCUUUAUAUAGUUUAUAUAAACAGUAUAAAAACAAAAAACGAACGAGAAGGUACAAAAAUCGCCCAAUCAAUCAAAACUGGGGCGUUAGCGGUUACCAGAUAAAAACUUUUCUGGUAAUGAAAAACAGGGAACCAGAACAACUUUUUUUGCAUACAAGGAUGCCGCCGGACGUUUAUAUUUUGCUUCUGAAUUUGAUAUCGAAAUCCUUGAAGAAGCCAAGGCAGCGGAUUGGACCCGAAGAAAGGCUCUCGUUGGUAUUACUCUAUUUGUCACAAGGCGUGUCGGUGCAGAGCAUUGCAUGGAGCUAUAAGUUGGGAAAGUCAACAGUACGCGAAAUCAUAUUAGAGACGUGUGAAGUAAUCUGGCAGCUACUUUCCCCAAUUUAUGUAAGCGAGCCAACAGAGUCUCAAUACAAGGACAUUGCAAAAGAUUUUUAUAAUAUGUGGAACAUUCCGAAUUGUGUCGGUGCAAUUGAUGGUAAGCACGUUGCAAUUAAGUGCCCGGCCAAUUCCAAUUCGAUGUUUUACAAUUAUAAAAAAUUCUUUAGCAUCGUUUUGAUGGCUGUAUGUGAUGCGAAAUAUACGUUCACAGCAGUUAGUAUUGGCAGCUAUGGAAGUCAAAGUGACGGAGGAAUCUUUCGACUUACUCCAUUUGGCCAUGCAUUAAUACAAAACACUCUGCCUUUGCCACCACCUGUGCCACUGUCUGACGUGUCACCGGAACCUUUUCCUUACUUUUUCGUUGGAGAUGCCGCAUUCCCAUUACGAAAUAAUUUAAUGCGCCCAUUUCCUGGAGCUAAUCUAACACACACGAAACGUAUUUUCAAUUAUCGAUUGUCACGCGCUAGUUAAGGAACAUGUGUUACUUAAUCACAUUUUUGUAUCGAAAACAUAAAUUAUCAAUUGGUAACCUAAACAAACAAUAACAAUAGUCUCGCCUAGCAUCAUAAAUGUAACAAACAAAAUGAAUGUGCGAAAAUGUAAACUGCACCAAACUAUCUCAUUAGCAAGUAAGCAAAUAUUGUAAAUGCACUAUCAAUACAACAGACAAUGUAUAUGUGUACAAACCUAAACAAAUAAUAGAAUCUGUAUCUACAGAAACUAUCAACUAGUA